AAGUUACAGGUCGCAUCUUACACUUGGUACCCGAGGCGCUGCCGGAAGCUUUUUCCCGGUCCCUGGCAGCGUUCCCCGAGCCCGCGGGCGGGCGGGCUCCGGCCGGGGUUUGCCCGGCGGGGCGGGGCGGUGCCACUGCUCGUGGUGAAAGCCUUGGCGGGCGCUGCCAGCCGUGCCCCAUUCCUCGGACGUACCCCUGUCCCUUCCCUCGCAUCCACCUGAUCUCGCAUUCCGCCCUGCUGCUGACGCUGCCUCCUGCCGCGGGCGGGAACUGGGCGCUCCUCCCCCGCCCGCGGCGAGCCGCAAAAGGGUCCGCGAAAGCGCCCGCCAGCGCCGUCCCGAGUAGCUGCCGGGAGAGGGAUCAGGACUGGAAUUCGUGUAAAAGACAGAGAGAAGCUGUUUCAGCUGUUGGUUCCAGCAACAUGGAGAAUGAUAUCAGCUUGAAGUUCCGUCAGCAGCUUUUCCUUAUUAGUGAAAAUCUGGUGUCUGAAGAUGUAGCAGCUUUAAAAUUUCUCUGUACUGACUUGCUCAACCUCAGUAAACUAGAAGGUGUGAAGUCAGCAGUAGACAUCUUCAAGCUCCUUAUGGCUCAAGAAUAUCUGAAUGCAGAAGACACUUUCCUACUAGCUGAACUCUUAUACAGAAUUAAAUGUCACUGCUUGCUCGAGAAACUUGGUUACACAAAGGAGAAAGUACAAGAACGUCUGAGUGAGAAGGGAAGAAUAUCUCCAUACAGGCAGAUGCUGUAUGAAUUGUCAGAGAACAUCACCAGUGAGAUGUUGAAGAAAAUCAUAUUCCUCCUGCAAAACCAUCUUCCAAAGCGAUGGACAAUUCUUUCUGCUUUGGAUUUGCUGACUUCAUUGGAAAAGAAGGGCCUUUUAACUAAAGACAAUGUAAAGAUACUGGAGGAUGUCUGUAUGACUGUUUCACCUGAUCUCCUGGAGACAAUAGACUGCUACAAAAAGGGAAAAGAUAACAAGACAGCUAAUUUUACACAAUGCUUCUCUGAACUAAACCUGGAGCUGCGUGGAGAAUUCAGCAAUGUAGAAAAUGAAUCCAAGACUAUGAAAAGCUACAAAAUGGAUGGGCCACGCAGAGGAUUUUGUCUCAUUAUUAAUAAUGUUAACUUCAAGAGUUCUCAGAGGAAGGGUUCUUACAAAGAUGCUGAGCAACUGGAGAGAGUAUUCAAAUGGCUUGGUCUGGAAGUGAGGACUUACACAGAUCUGACGUCUGGGGAGAUGAUCAAUCUCAUGGAAACUUGGCAGCACGUGCAAGAUCACCAAGACAGGAACUGUUUUAUAUGUUGUAUUCUAUCUCAUGGAAAGUCAGGAGCAAUCUAUGGGACAGAUAACAGACUCGUGUCAAUCCGUGUGCUCACGUCCCACUUCACUGCCAAACAAUGUCCCCAGCUGGCUGCAAAACCCAAACUCUUCUUUAUCCAAGCAUGCCAGGGUGACAAGGUACAGAGUCCUGUCUAUGUUGAUACUGAUGGACCAACUCCUGACUUGUCUUCUGGGCAAGAGAGAGUUUCUCUUUAUGCAAGUAUUCCUGAAGAGGCUGAUUUCCUCCUAGGCAUGGCCACAGUUGAUGGAUAUGUCUCUUUCAGGCACAUUGAAGAGGGCACUUGGUAUAUUCAGGCCCUCUGCAGCAAGCUACAGUUGUUGGUACCAAGGGGUGAAGAUAUUUUGUCAAUUCUUACACAAGUUAAUGAAGAUGUGGCCAGACGUGAUAGCCCUUCAGGGACAAAGAAGCAAAUGCCCCAACCAGCAUAUACCCUAAGAAGAAAAUUUAUAUUCCCAAUACCUAUGGCCCCUCCUCCUUCAGAGCAACAUCAAUGCUUUUAAUACACAUACUUUUAUCAUCUCAUUUAAAUGCAGUUCAUCACACUACCUGUUUUUAGACAGUUAAAAAACCCUGAGACAGUUUAAAACCCUGAGAAUCUAUUUGCUUUGAUGCAAGGCCUUAUAAAUUUUUUGUCAAACAAACUGAAACUGGAGGAGAGACAAUUAAAACAAUCAAUGUGCCAGCUAUUUACAUGAUCUAUAUAUUCAGAGUUAUCAGUGUUGUAUAAACCACACUGAGUAACUCAUGUUAAACAUUUUUUAACUUGCACAGGCUGCAGAUACAAUAGGUUUUUCCUCACAGCAUAGGGAUUGUAUGUAAGCUUUCAUAUUUAAACCAGGAUUGUUAAUGAUCUGGUUUGGAUUCAUCAGGUUUUAUUUUGCAGGCUAACAAUUUUAAAUCAUGUUUCCAAAUCCACUAGCUAUGUUCAUAGAGAGAAAAAAGUGGGAAUGAAAACCCUAAGUAUUAAGUGGAAAAGGAUUUCUUCAAUCUCUAAUAAAAAUGACAUUUAACUUAAUAAAGAACCCGUUUACAACUGAAAUCAGCAAUUUGUUCCUCAGUGCCCUCAAACGGAGAGCAUAAGCUUCAAGUACAAUGACGUUUUCCAAAACUGAGUAAAGGCAAAAUGCUGCUCUGUGAAAGGCAAAAUUCCCUCUGUGAAACCUUGUGAACUGUUAUUUCCCCAUCACUUCUGAGAAAAUUUGUGGUAGAAGAUUUGUAUGCUUACAUUAAUUUUGUUAAGCAUUACAUUUUUAAAUUAUCAUUUGUUGGUUUAGGAUCUAAAAUGCAGCCAAUUUGUGAAGGCUUCUAUGGACUAAGCUGCUGACAGAAUUUUGUGAGUUAACUGAAACAAUGCUGUGUUUUGUUAUGAACACUUACUGUUUGUUAUUACAUUAAAUUCAUACUUUUUAAGA